GUCGCGCGGGGGAGGUUCAGAACUUUCGGUUUCCAAAUAACAUCAUCCUCACGCUCUCUCUCUUUCAACUUGCCUAAUUUUCAGAGAUCGAUCACGAAAACAAUUUUACAGAAAACCUAGACUGGAAAUCAAGAACAGACCCUAGCCGGAGAGAUGUGGAAUUGGUGGUCGACCAAGAAAGAACCUCCACCGCCAAUGGUGUUGGUUCCACCGAUUUUCGAUUUCCCUCCUCUCGCUGCCCGUACCAGGAUGUUGGAGUCAUCAUAUAACUUGUUGUUUGGAAAGCUUGCUUUGAGAUGCCUUUUUGAGGAUUACUUUGAAGAAGCUAGGCAUUUCAGCACAAGAAUCAUGCUUAAGCCAAUUGAUGAUCCUCAUGUGGAUUUGAUUGCAACUGUUUCAGGUCCACUUGAUCGCAAGCCUGAGGAGAAAAUUGUAGGGAAUGCCCUAUUUCGCUGGCAAAGUGAUGUCAAUGAUCCUCAUACAUUCAUGGACCUUUUUGUAUCGAACUCUGAACCGGUUUUACAGAUGAGGUCAUGCGCUUACUACCCUAAAUGUGGAUUUGGAGCAUUUGGGAUAUUCCCACUACUUCUGAGAAAUAGAGUAUGUUCUGAAGAUUAUGGUGUCAUGGGUCUGAGAUAUGGCUCAUCGAAUUUGUCGAUAGGAGCCACACUAAUGCCUUUCUCUUGUAAGUGA